GGUGCAAACAAGUUAGUGAGGUCAUCUGCUCGCGGAGUGUCGCCUCGCUGGCGCAUUAAUUUGAGCUCAUUUAUUAAUCCGGCUGGCUCUAUAGUUGAGGAGGGACCACGUGACUCGGAGGGCGAGCAGCCAGCAUGCCUGUUGAGCUUGCCGGGCUGCACGCCGAGUGCUUCUCAGUUAGUCUCAGCGCGGCUGCCCUCGAGACCGCGAGGUAACCAGCAAUCGGCUCUGUAUAUUCUGCGUGUCGCAUCGUGGUGGUGUGUGUGUUGUUGAAGGGGGUUGGAAAUUAUGUGCUCUAGUUAAAUAGCUGGAAGGAUGUCUCGUUGGAUUUUGCUAGUAUUUCUGCUCGUCAGCGUGCUCCAGCUCUCGGCGGCACAGGAAACACUGGAUUGUUGUACAAAGGGGACUAACUCGUGUCGCUUGGCCUGCGAAGAGAUGUCACUGGUCGCUGUGGCUGUAGACCCCAAAGAGUUGUCGACAAGGGUGAAGGAGAUUCGCAAGUACUGUUCUGAAGAAAAGAAGCUGUUCUGGGCGUGCAUGAACGAAACAAUCCAAGAUAUAACUCGAGGCGCUAAUUGGUCUGGACGUAUUUGCUGUUCGCGAGCUUUUUCCAGCCGGUGCCAGACUUCUUGUGCGAAAGCAAGCUCACGAGACGACCUCAAAUCUGACUGCCGCCAGAGCGAUGAGAUCGACUUCUUUGGCUGCCUUACACGCCAAGAGGACGGCGACGAUUGCUGCACACCUGCAAAUUCAAAUGAGUGCCGCAAUGCUUGUGCAGCCGUUUUUCGCUCAGAGCGCACGCCAGACAGUGGAAUGCGCGGAGCCGUUCGCGAGGCUUGCGCCGAACGCAGUCCUCGCGUCCUUCAGUGCGUCAAGAAUCACAUCAAGCUCACGCCAGCCCACAACACGGACAAAUAUCUUCACUGCUGCGAGAGGAGCGAUGACAGUAACUGCAGGAAUGCUUGUUUGCGAACGUUGCGAACCAUGACUAUGGACCGCGAGUUAGUGCAAACGCUGCAGGACGGUGGUUGUGGUGUCCCAAUGGUGUCUGAUAUGGUAAGUUUCCAGUGCAGUUUCCACCCGCAAACCUUUUACACUUCCCCCCAGAUGUGGCCGUGCUUAAUGCAGGCUGGCAAACCGGAGCCAGGCAGGAUUUCAAACGGCGCGUCCAGGGAGAAGUCGCGGAUAGAUCUCACAGGGAUUGACAGCGCAAAACUCGUCUGCUGCAACCAGGCAAACAGUGCGUCCUGUUAUAACCUCUGCAGAUUGGCCUUCUCCAACGAUUGGAACCGUCUAAUUUUGUCCUUCUACAGCAAUUGCCUCUCGCAACCCAGCGAGGAGAGGCUCGUCCGUUGCAUCACAGAAGUGGAAGAGCCCUGUGAGCUCGGCUGCGAUGGCCUCAGCUUCUGCACAAACCUGAACCACAGGCCAACCCAGUUGUUUCGCAGCUGCAGCCGCCAGUUUGACGAGGCAGCCCAGCUUGACGUAGCUCUCAGGCAGCAGCAGGGUUUCAUCAACAUUUCCAGCUUCUUGCUGCCCAUGCGCAACAUCUCGCAAUGCAGCCCUGAAACGUGGAAGGCGGUCGCCUGUGUCCUGCACACCAGGCCUUGCCACCCAGCCUCACACACUUCCAACAUUUGCUACGAGGACUGUCUGGACUUGCUGAACGAGUGCGUAGACGACACUCGCCUGCCGCAGGGGUCGACACCGGAGUCAUUGUGCAGUCGGCUCUCCCCUCAGGGUGCAUCCUGCAUUUCCCUGCAGGACUUCAUGCAGCCGAACCCUGAGUGGGUCGAUGCGACGCUGGACCUACAGGUGACUUCACCCUGCCGCGGUGACCCUUGCAACGAGUCGCAGGUGUGCAUCGUCAACCGCAACUGCCCCGCUGGAAAAGCGUGUCCCAAAUAUUCCUGCGUUGAUGGGUGUCGCCUGGGAGACGUGUCCAAGUACGUGGUGCCUCAGGGCACCUACAUGCGGCUGCCUGUGGUGAAGGCCGGUAAAAAUUGCUUCAAGAUUUGCCAGUGCUCGGCCAAAGGUGGCGCUGAAAACUGCAGCCACUCGUUUUGCUACCUGUACGACAGCUGCAUGUACGGGUCGCACAAGAUCAACCACACCGACACAUUUUACAUCGAUUGCAACCAGUGCAGCUGCAACGCGGGAGAAAUCACGUGCAGUAAGAAGCACUGCGGCACCAGAGCCUUUUCCAGCCUGCCCUGCAACUGCCCGCCGCAUCACAUGCCCGUGUGCGGAAAAAACGGCAACACCUACCCUUCUGCCUGCCUUGCUAAGUGCGCCGGUCUGAAGGACGCGGACUUCAAAAUAGGUCCUUGCUCCAGCCAGGACCCGUGUGAUCCGAACCCUUGCGGCGCUGGCCUCCGCUGCGUGCCUUCGCGCCAGGUGUGCCUCUCCCUAGUACACAAUGUCUGUCCUCAGUUUGAAUGUGUGGACGCAAGAUCCUCAUGCAAAGGAGUACCGCAUGAAAAAGUGUGCGAUACAGACAACCAAGAGCACCCCAACCUCUGCUUCCUUGUGCAAUACAAUAAAAGGCUUGCGUAUAAAGGACCGUGCUUGGUCAACUGCAAGUGGACAGGAGUCGUGUGCGGCACUGACGGUCAAAACCACCUAUCUGAGUGUGCUGCACUGGCCGCCCGCGUGGCUGUGGACUACGAGGGGCCAUGUCAGGCCGUCGGCCUCGCCCUGCCGACGGCUGCCCCACAAUGCGGCGCGACAGUUCGGUGUCGACCGCUGGCGGCCGCUGGAUGUGCUGCGGCAACGCCCCCCGGCUCUUGCUGUCCCGCGUGCGGCGGCGCCCUCAGGCUGCUGGUGAGCCAGAAACAGGCCGACCGAGCCGCUUUGACCAUCCGCAAGACGGCCUUCUCGGUGGCCACCGUGCUGGACGCGCUGGAGCGACUCGUGCAAACCGCCGAGUGCAGACUGCUCGGCCACCUCACCAUCGAAGCAGACUUAUUCGUGCAGGUGCGGCCGAUCUCGGCCACACCAUCCGCUCUCCAGCUGGCCGCCUGCGUGGCCGAGGCCCAAAAACUGGCCGCCCUCGUGCAGACGGCCAAUCCACGCCUGCUCAGCCAGCUCAGCCUUUCUGUGCUGACAGCGGCCGCCGUCGUCCACGAACCUGCGGCCACGGCCGCCUCGGCCUUAUUCGCACCCGCGUGGCCGCUGGCCGCCCUUCUGGCUGCACUCUUCGUUCUGUGAUAGCAGUUUCAGACUCGUGCAAUUGUUACCAACAUGCAAAGUGAUUGUUACUAUGAAUAAUUUAGUGCCUCACUGCGCGCAAAAAUUUUAGUCAGUUAAAAGAGCCAAAGUGAUACAUUAGGAAUGGAAACGAAGACACGAUCGCCUCUGAUUGGUUCUCCAAGUUCUGUGGCUUUUUCUCUUAAGGCAAGACUGAUGAGUUUCGAUAACAAAAAUGAUAAGCAAUGUGUGUAUUGACCACUUCCUCUGCAAGUGUAUUUUCGUAUUUAACUGUCCAAAGAAUCAAAAACAGCUCAGGUAUUAUCGGAGGAAAAUAUCAUCAUUGCUACGUAUUAUGGAAUAUUACGUAUUAUGUAAUAAAUGAAUGGAAAUUAUUAAAAACCGUUUGCAUUA